AUGACUACUCCCCAGGUCUCCCAGGCUGAUGCCAACCUUUGGCUCGCUUACGGCGUCAAACUCAAGAACACUUUCGCUCAGUCUUGUAUCGCGGCCGGCAAGGGGGUCGACUCAGCCAUUACUAACCUCGGCCUGCAUGUUAUUGGCGACACACUCUUAAGCCUUGAUGAGCCUUUCUUCCUUCCUGGCCGACAGAGCUACUUCCAACGAUGCGUUUCGUACUCCAACAGCAUUGAACUUCGCUCGGAUAAAAACACUGGCGCUCAGGUUCGAUACGAUGAUGCGCGUGAGAAGUUCGAGAAAGUCACCAAGUAUUACACAGAGACCAGAAAUGCUGCCCAGGUUGCCUGGCUUCAGGAGAAGAAUGCCGGGUUUACCACUGAUCUCCUCGAUAAGUGGUCCUUGCAGAACUAUCCUCAGUUGGAAAUGGCACAUAAAUUCAUGACGGCUGCCGCCCGUCUCUCAGCGGCGGCUUCUACCGCUAUGGAUGGCCCAAUGGCUUCCAUUGUUGGCCGAUACCAGACUACUCUCACUGUCGCGAACGGCACGGCCGCAAUCCAUGGUCUGACCAUGACCUGCUCCCCUGCGAGCGCCGAUCAAAUCGCUGCCGGUCUAGCUGGUGCCCCUAUUGCUCCGUUCGAGCGUCCCGCAUACACGAUCAGUGCUCAGUAG